UGUCCUUUCAAUAUCUCUAUGCAUGACUAGAACACCUAACAGGAAAAAGUUAGAUAUUCCCAUAUGGUUUGCAGGAUCAUAAGCUGACAAUCCUAGAACUAGGAGUGUGCAAAAGAUAGCCCACUUUUUACCCUCCUUUUACAGAGUGAACAGAACAAGUUAACAUAUUGAGAAGUCCUCACUCCUCACUCCUCCUGUGAAGAGAGAAGGAGAGAGAGUUUUACACUCUUCUGAGCUGAAUUUACUUUCGAGUCUCCCGAAGAAAUGCAACUGUUGGCACUAAAGCUGGAGGAUUGGCACUUUUGCUUGUUUUAUUUUCAGGGAAGUCGGGGACCAUCUUUUCCUGUCAUUUUCUGCAAUUUUAUUUACUUAAGCCAAUUAACUUUGUUUUCGUUAAAGAACUAGCAGAACUCUAUGUCUAUAGGUUUUCUGCUGCUCAGAUUUAGACCUGCGUGAGAAAGAGAGAGAAUCCUCUUUCUUCUCUGAGUUAUCAUUAACAAAGGAUCUCUCUGGUUCUUGAUUUCAGUCUCUCUGCUCAGUCGGCCUCUUCUUAAUGAUCCAGCUUAUCCCCCGUGUACUAGUAAUUUUGUGCAACACAUGAGGACCACAAGUUUAAGAUUGUUUACAUCGCUCUAUUUAUUGCUUUCAGAGCCAUUAAUGUGGAAUUACUCGUCUGCAAAUCCAGCUUCAAGUAGCAUACACCCAUUCACCAUCUCAAACUCCAUUCAUGAUCAAAACCAUUUUCAAAACCAACAUUUUGAUGCUUAUGGGUCUGCAUUAAGAGGCAGUGACACACUCCCUCAGUCUCUUGGUGUGUUUCCCAGCGUUCAAUCUCUUGGGGAAAGAAUGUCUAGAUCGAUAGACCUUGUUCGAGCUUCGGCGGUGGCGGAGGAACCCGAGAUCAGCCACACUAGACAUUUCAUGGAUCUGCUUGGAGCAGCAAACGAGAACAAUCACCAUGCCCAGAGGCUGUCACUCUCUCUGGGGUCUCACAUGCUUGUUCCUUCUGUGCAAUACAGGCAGAGGUCUUUGAAUUCGGAUCUUAUAAGCCCCAGUUACUUGAUUUCUGGAGAAGAAGCACGAGAAGCCUGUAAUCCAGGAGUGGAACAUGUAAGCAACGACUACUCUUUCACAGGCAAUGCAUUUGCUGCUGCUUCAAGCUCACUAAAUCGCUCUUGUCCAGUUUCAUAUGGAACAGAAUCUUUUGCUGCCGUUAUUGCAAAUUCAGUAUAUUUAAAACCAGCUCAGUCCCUUCUGAAAGAAACUGUUAAUGUCAGUGGAGAUGCAGUUGAAAUAAGCAAUGAAAAAUAUAUUGAAAAGUUAUCUCGUGGAGGUAGAAAUCUGGGACUUUCCUCUGAACUAAAAGCAGAAUUGUACAGUAAUGGACUCUUAUCAGCAGAGAAACAUGAGCUUCAAGUUAAAAUUUCAAAGCUUAUUUCCUUGUUGGAUGAGGUUGAUGCAAGAUACGAGGAAUACUAUCAUCAAAUGGAAGAAGUGGUCUCAUCAUUUGAGAUGAUAGCAGGUGUGGGAGCUGCCAAGUCUUACACUGCACUAGCACUCCAGGCCAUGUCUAGGCAUUUCUGCAGCUUAAGAGAUGCAAUAAUUUCUCAAAUAAACGUCACAAAGAGAAAAUUCAUACAGGCUUUACCCAGAAUCAGCACCGGAUUAUCGCAGCUUAACUUGUUCGAUACCGAGAAUCGACGAAAUCGAAUGUCCCUUCAACAGCUUCGGAUGAUCCAAAGCCAACGGCAAGCGUGGAGACCGAUCCGAGGCCUGCCGGAGACUUCUGUGGCAAUCCUGCGCUCUUGGCUUUUUGAACACUUCCUCCACCCAUAUCCAAAUGAUUCUGAAAAGCUAAUGCUGGCAUCACAGACAGGCCUGACCAAGAACCAAGUUUCAAAUUGGUUCAUAAAUGCUCGGGUUCGGCUGUGGAAACCUAUGAUUGAAGAAAUGUACAAAGAAGAGUUUGGGGACUCUUCAGAAGACUCCAACCCAUUAGCUAGCAAUUCAGGGACAAGGGAAGAUGUCACAGAUCAUGCAGAGGAUUGAAGUGGUAGGAAAAUCAAAUCAAAAUUAGGGGUAGAAAUUAAUGCAAACUUUUUGUCAGGAGCCAAUUAAGACUGACUUCUUGUAAGCUCUCAUUUUUGCAUAUAUAGAUUAACUACUAUCACUAUCAGGGUGUUGGUUGAACUAACCCUGCUCAGAUUACUUCGACCUCAAGAACAAUGAGAGGUCUUAGUUUCUAAAGCCUGUUAGAAUUGUGCAAGUUGGCUGCUAAGAAAACUGCCCAAUUGUUUUGUUAAUUUCAUGUUAAAUUUAAGUUGCA